UAUCAACUCUAAAGACACAUCUCAUGGUUAAAUGAUGUCGGAAGUAAAAGUAAUGGAAGAUACGUUCGCGCUGCCAGAUGGAGUAUUAGCAUACCGUAAGACAUGGACUCCCUCACAACCACCCCUCGCAAACCUGAUCCACGUGCAUGGCUUCAGCGAGCACAUCAACCGCUACUACGAUUUCUUUCCCAAUCUCGCCCGACACCGCAUCCUCUGCACCGGCAUCGACCAACGCGGCUGGGGCCGUACCGUAACCAAGGACUCCGAAAGAGGCGACGCCGGCACCACCGAAAUCGUGCUCGCUGACCUCGCCUCCCUCUUUGAAUCUUACUUCUCUUCUUCAUCACUACCCGUUUUCAUCAUGGGCCAUUCCAUGGGCGGCGCCGAACUCCUCACCAUGGCAUCCACGCCAAAGUACCAGAACUUAAUAUCCCGCAUCUCUGGAAUCCUGCUGGUAAGCCCCUACAUCGCACUCGUCCCCGCACGGGAACCAUACACCCUCGUCCGACUCCUCGGAAAAGCCCUGUGUCCCAUCCUCCCUAAAUUCCAGAUCCCAAAUCGUCCACCUGUAGAGUGCGUAGUCCACGAUGUAGCCGUGCAGCAGGAUAUCUUGAAUGACCCUCUGAGCAACGGCAUUGGAACCCUGGAGAUGUUCGAUGGGAUGUUAAGCCGGGGAGCGGAUCUGCAGUCCGGCAAGUUGGUGUUGAAUGAAGAGGUUAGGGCGUUAUGGGUUGCGCAUGGGACGGGUGAUGAGUUGACGAGUUGUGAAGCCAGUAGGGAGUGGUUUGAGAGGGAGGGGAGGGGGAAGGUGAGGGAUGCGGAGUUUAGAGAGUAUAUGGGGUGGAGUCAUCAGUUGCAUAUUGAUACGAUGGAGCAUAGACCGGUGUUUGUGAAGGAUGUUGCGGAUUGGAUUUUGGCGAGGUUGGGGUGAGGGGAAGUAAACAAACGAUGUCUGGCAGUUGAGUAUCUGUGGGAGACGCUCACUGUUUGUUGAACGCCAUUUCGUCUGAGCAGCGAGCGUUCAAUAUGUAAGAGCGAGUGACUGGUAUCGCCCGGAAGAGAAAGUCACUCUUUUCACUCCUACGAUCACAGAGUAAUGAAAUUAAUCAGUCUUGGGGUCGUCCUCGCAUUUGCAAAACGAAGUGCAUCUCUAUUCGCAUCGCAAUCCCCCACUUCGCCUCUCCUGACUGUUUUGGUCCCCUGCCUCGCUUACAGUUCUUGUAUCUACAAUGCGCAGGACCAUUAUCCUCCACGUCGGUAUGAUGCAUGCCGUAAGUCAUGAAUCACUUGUCUUACCU